CAGGACAUUUGAUUGCAGACAAGUGAAAGUAAUUCAGUGAUAUUUAAAGUGAAGGAUCAAAAUAUUCAAAUAAAAUUUAGCUUAAUUGUUUUGUGAGACUGUCGCGAAAAAAAACUUCUACUCGACGAUUGCGUAUGAAAAAUCAAUGUGGGCAAUUUUUAUAAAAUAAUACAAGACUAUAUUGGCACGAAAAAUCAACUUUAAAAGGCAAGCAGCAACCCUUCGAAAAGAAUGAAAGAGAGAAAUGUCAAAAUAUGGAAGAAUAACCAUUCUGCAAGGCUUAAAGAAUACUAAUAAAGUUUAAAGAAUUUUAUUUAAAAAAGGUAGAGAAAUCUAUCCACCGAUAAAUCUAUUAAAUUGUUAGAACUGCGGUGUGAUUAAGUUCUAUAUUAGUAAAUGCCUAAACCUUGUGUAAACUGCCCAUCAUAUCACUGAGUCAUUAAUUAUUGCCACUAUAACUCGAAAUUACGAAAGGAAAUCAUCGCGAAGGCUUGUUGCUUACGAAUUUGGGCAACAAACUGUAGGCAUCGAACGUAACGCUGGGUAAAAUUAUGAAUCUGUGUUCGUCUGCCGGCGCUACAGCAUCAUCAUCCUCUUUAGCAUCAGAAGACGCAACAGCAGUGGAAAGCACGAACGUUAGUGGAAAAAACGGUGGUGGUGGCGUAUUAACCACACAUUGUUUUGGAAGCAGUAAUAGCAGCAGUAGCUGCGCCGCAGCUUUAACGACGAAUCUUUCAAACAAUCCAACACACAGUGGCAGCGGUGCCAGCGGUAGUAAUUUUGGAAAUAACAACGAAAUGCCACCGGAAACACGUCCGAAGAUGGUAACGGUAAAACACCCGGAAUCUAACAAACCCAAGCCAACGACAAAAAAAAGUAAACCAAUACAAGCUGAUCAAGAUGUUGUUAAAGCGCUUCAGCGUUGUCGGGAAGAAGGUAUAAAACGUUUGGAUCUAAGCAAGUCCUCUGUCACAGUUAUACCAACUUCAGUAAGGGACUGCGUCCAUCUUACGGAACUUUAUUUAUACAGCAACAAGAUUAGUCAACUGCCGACUGAAAUAGGGUGUCUCGUGCAUUUAAAGACACUUGCUUUAAACGAAAACUCGCUAACUUCUUUACCAGAGUCAUUACAGAAUUGUAGACAGCUUAAAGUUCUUGAUUUAAGACACAAUAAGCUUGCGGAAAUUCCUUCGGUGAUUUAUCGCCUGCGUUCUCUUACCACCCUCUACUUACGUUUUAAUCGCAUCAUCGCUGUGGCCGCUGAUAUACGGAAUUUAACUAAUUUAACUAUGUUGAGUCUGCGUGAAAAUAAAAUUCGCGAAUUGGGUUCUUCCAUUGGUGCAUUGGUAAAUUUAACAACACUGGAUGUCUCUCAUAAUCACUUAGAACAUUUGCCCGAAGAAAUAGGGAAAUGUGUAACUUUGAAUGCACUUGAUUUGCAGCACAACGAACUAUUGGACAUACCGGAAUCCAUUGGCAACUUGAAGAGCUUAGUACGAUUAGGCUUGAGAUACAAUCGUCUAUCAAGUAUUCCGGCAUCACUGAAAAGUUGCAAAUUCAUGGAUGAAUUUAAUGUCGAAGGCAAUGGUAUAACGCAAUUACCAGAUGGUCUUUUAGCUAGUCUUAAUGCACUUACAAAUAUUACACUAUCGCGCAACUCUUUUACCAGUUACCCGACUGGUGGGCCUGCUCAAUUUACCAACGUCUACAGCAUUAACCUGGAACAUAAUCGUAUCGACAAAAUACCAUAUGGAAUAUUUUCACGAGCCAAAGGCCUAACAAAACUCAAUAUGAAGGAAAAUGUGCUUACUGCUUUACCUCUUGACGUAGGAACUUGGAUUAAUAUGGUCGAAUUGAAUUUGGCCACAAAUGCUUUACAAAAAUUACCCGAUGACAUAAUGAAUUUGCAAAAUUUAGAAAUUUUGGUGCUAUCCAAUAACAUGCUCAAAAAAAUUCCUAGUACCAUUGGUAAUCUGCGCAAACUGCGUAUUCUCGACCUGGAGGAGAAUCGCAUUGAAGUACUGCCCAACGAAAUCGGUUUAUUACACGAAUUACAAAAAUUAAUUUUGCAAACAAAUCAGAUCUCUAUACUGCCACGCAGUAUUGGUCAUCUCAGCAAUUUGACGCAUUUGUCAGUUAGCGAAAAUAAUUUACAGUACCUGCCAGAAGAGAUUGGCUCGCUGGAAAAUCUUGAAAAUCUUUAUAUCAAUCAAAAUCCCUGCUUAGAAAAGCUACCUUACGAGUUGGCACUUUGUCAAAAUUUGAAAUACCUAAAUAUUGACAAAUGUCCUUUGAGCACAAUACCACCUGAAAUACAAGCCGGCGGCCCAUCGCUAGUACUUCAAUGGUUGAAAAUGCAUUCGCCCUAUAGGCAGAUGUGAGUUAGCGGUUUGGGAUAUGUCAGCGUUGAUGGGAGUACUCAAUGGCGUACAUUUUAUACAAGUAACGAUUGCUAUUUGGAAUUUCAGUUAGAAGCAGAGGUGGAGACACAGCGACGCUAACAACGUCGUGCUUGGAAAUGCACUAUCAUUUGAGAUUAUUACUUACAAAUAUUGUGGUGCAUCUCCGACAAUUGUUGCCAUCGCUAAAUUAAUGAAAAAGAAAAAUAUAAAAUUUAUAACAACAUAAUACCAAUUAUUAUUAAUAAUAAAUAAUAAUUUCCUUAAAACGAAACUUAAAAACGACGAAUAUGUCGAGUGGAGUCUUGCAACUACUACGCGCAACUCACUCGCAGUAAUUAUGAAAACGAAUUGUAAACAAUAUUUUUUGUUGUAAAAAUUGUGUGAUGGUGAAACAAAAUAUAGCUUUAAAAAUGCUUCAGAAAUUGAUUGCUUAGUGGAUUGUGUAGUUGUAAACAAAUAUAAACUAUUUGUAUAACUACUAACGAAUCAACAACUUUAAAUUUAAACAAAUAAAGUUCUAUCAAUUCAUAUAUAUUGUAAAUCUGAAAAACGAAGUAACAUACAUAUGCUUGUGAAUGUUAUAAAAAAAUGUGUUGCUGUUUAUUUAAGAAGCAAAAAAUUACUGCCUAAAUUGUGUUACACAUUGAAAUUAAAGAUUCGAGAAAAAUUUGGCAAAAUGUAUACUUUUCCGGUGUGUUGGAACAGGAAUCUAUGUUUUGAAAUUUUAAGAUUUUUUUUUUUUAAUAAAGCAAGUGUAAGCUACACAUGCAUUUAUUUCAACGAACAAGUACUCUAGCUAUAGCUGUUAUGCAGUCAAAUUUAUGUAUUAUAUGCAUACAAAAUUGAAGUAAACCAUUUAAAUGUGUAUAAUUAAGAAUGUAUUGAUGUGUGUUGUGUUCUGUACCACAAGUAUUUUAUAUACAUAAUAAAGAUUUCAUUUGAAUCAAAUUAGUCAUUUCUAUUGCUAUUAAAAGUGAUCACAUCUUGAACGCUACCCAAAGUAUCAAUGUUAUUUUCAAUCAAAUGUGAAAUCCAUCGAAAAUAUUUGUACUUGCGCGAUAGACAACGGUAAUUUUUAGCAAAAUUUUAUGUUCAGUUGUAAAAUUUUUAUAAAUCACUAAAUAUAGUAUUUUGCAAUCCUUUUUUUUUUUUUUUUUUAUAAAAAUUCAUGUUGUUAUUCAAAAAAAGAUAUAUUAAAAUUUAUUGUGGAAGUCUUAUACUAAUAUGCAUUGAGCCGUUUUUUCACUAACCCAUAAUAUAAUCUCAAAUACAUUGCCGCGCCUGAUAUGUUGUAUGACAUAAAAUUGUAUAUCCACGUUUAUAUUGUUUUGAAAGCAUUUACAAAUGCUUAAAUAUAAAUAAAUGUGUACGUACAUGAAUGAGCACAUACAUAAAUAUUAAUCCCUAUUAAUCCAAUGAUAUUGUAAAGAUAUACAUACAUAUAUUCCAAAUAAGUGUAAAAUGUCCAUGUUAUCUACGAUUAUGAACAAAAUAGGUGUGUUGAACUGCAAAUUCAAUAAAUUCAUUAGAUAUUUUUCGAAUGUAUUGAGAUUGAGAUAUAGAAUGGGGAAUUGUUAACCUAAGAACAUAUUGAAUCUCUCCGCUUAUGCACUUGUUUGUUGUACAUAAAUAUUUUUUGCUAAUAUUUAAACUGGGAAAUCGUUGUGCAUCUUUGAACAAAAACUUACGACUAAACAGAUAGACAAAAAAGUGAAGUGGAAUCGAAAAAUAAAAAUAAAAUUAAAAUGUAAUAAAUAAAAAGCAUAAAAAAUGUAAACACAACCGCCAAGGAAUUGUCUAAUAAUAUGUUUAAAAGUUAUUUGUAUUUUGUAUAAGUGAGUGUAAGUUAAAAUAUAAUAAUAUUGUUUGUAUAUACAAGUGUAUAUACAUUUGCUGUGCAAACGUUAGAUUUCAGUGCCACCGCAAGGGUGGAGUAGUAACGUUCUAAGUGAUGAAAAAUGCAACAAAAAGUAUUUUAUUGAAAGUAAAUCUGUAUAUGCGUAAUUAAUAAACAAAACAAUUAUUCAUGCUGAAAACCCAAAUUUUAAUACUACCUGUCAUAUAUGUCAAAUUUCAGAUUAUACGUAUUUCUUUCAUAAAAAACUUCCUAUAAAUACUUAAAUAGUUGUUUGCUUCCCCCCAACGUAACUUUAUCUAAAUUAAUGUGGGUGUCAGAGUUUUGUUGAUGAUACCUUUUGACACACUAACGGUAUACCAACUAUGCAAGUUUAACACCCAUUCAUUUCAUUAAUACCUUGGCUAUCAGUGCGUCAUUGGUGGCCACAGCCAAAAUCAAUCCACAUAACCAAACUUGUGAUCACAUCGAAAAAUUUUCCACAGGUGCCAAUGCAACUAUACACCUUUAGACAUCUGAAGCCCACGAAAGUGGAAAGUGGCUAUUGUAAUAUGAUAUUUCUAUACAUAUACAUAUAUUUUUUUUUAAGAAAACAUAUCUUUCUAUAGAAAAAACUAUUAAUUCAUAAUUUAUAAAACCAAAAUAUUCGAAAUUAAUAAUCAAAAAGGUAAAACACUUACGAACAUUGGUUGGUAUAUUUAAUAUGUAAUCACCAGAGAUACACCAGCAGCCAACGUGUUAAAUUCAUUUUAUUUGGAGAUGGCUAAGGAGUAGUUUUUAUGUGUUUAUAUACUAAUAAAUACGGAAAUAAUAUCACAAGGUGAGACUUGUUGACUUCGAAAAUCGAUUACACAAGCCUUUAUUAUUGUAUUCCAAAAUGUUGAUACUUAUUUAAGAGAAAUUUAAAUUAAUUUGUUUUAACUUUUGUGAUAUGUGAUGAUUAUAUGACAAUUUAUUUACAUUAUUUUUAUAUAUUUUAUUAUAAAUAUAUGUAUGUAUUUUUUUUUUUAAAUUCUAGAAAUAUUGAAAAGGGGGGAAAAUUAAUAUUCUGACUAACUUUCUUAUUUUAUAUUUUUAAUUAAAUUUAAUUUAAAACGUUUACUGAGGUAAUCUUUAUAACCAAAAAUUAACUGUCAACCCUAUAAUUAUUUAAUUUUAAAAUCACAGUUUUCUGCUUUUUGUUUUUUACUUAGGUAUAUUCAUAUAAUAUUUCAGAAGCUGUUAGAACAACGGCAUAUAUUAUAUUUAUGAACCUUAUUUCUUGGAUCACAUCAAAACUCAAACAACUAAUAAAGGCGGAAGAGCUGUUUAUAUGUAUACCUAUGUACAUACAUACAAUAUAUAUUUAUGCAUGUCCUUUUACAGAUACAAGAAUGUUUGCACAUAUGUACAUAUUUUAUUCAUUAAAUAAGCAUUAGAGUUAAACCUGGUAUGCAAAUAAUGAUAUAUCAUGUUUGUAUCAACAUAUGUAUGUAUAUGCAGAAAACGAUAAAAAAUUAUGAAUAUUUGAUGUACAAAUAAAUAUCUGCUUUCCGAUUUACUUGUAUUCACUACAAUCAUUUUUUAAAGGCCACACAAAUAGUAAGAACGAUACGCACAGAAAAAUAAAAAAUAUAUAUGCACAUACAUAAGUAUGUAUUUUUGCAACGGAACAUAUAUGUAUGUAGGUAUAUAUGUACCAUAUAUUCAUGUGCAUACAUUAUACAAAAUACAACAAUAGUAAUAAGCAGUAUUAAAAUUGAAUACAAGUAUAUAUAGUUUCCUUUUUUAAAAACGGUUUAAAAAUGUUACCGUUAUAAUGAUAUGUGUUGGGUGUCAUCAAAACGAUUACUAGAAAUGACAGAGGCAACUGGCUCAAAAGUCUGUUCACAGCGUUAGCACAAAAUAAUAAUAAUAUUACACACUUUGCUAUUACUAUUAUACAGUGCUGGGUCAACAGCACUCGUAGGCUAGCGAGAUCUGAGCAUAGGAUAUUUGAAAAUUAUUUACCGAUGGAAACUUCAACACCUUGAUGGAUAAGUUAGUAAACUAAAGUAUAUUUUAACAAUUUUUGAAAAUCACUACGAAGAAGUAGUGGUUAGAGGUUCUAUUGAAAAAUAUAGGCUUAUAUUCACAUAUUUUGGUAUGUGUUAUUGCAAAUGCAGAAUUUGUUAUAGCCGUAAUUGUUGGCAUAAUGCAUCUUGAAAUCAAUAAAGUAAUUUAAAUGAA